AUGACGCCACAUCCACAGCAGGCUGCACUGGAACACUCCCUUCGUGAUCCGGAGGGGUUUUGGUCUAAUCCGGCGGAGCGGCUCCACUGGCACCACAAACCGUCUAAAGCUUUGACGCGACAAUCCAAGACCUUACCCAGCGGGGUUCAGCACGAGCAUUGGUCAUGGUUCGCCGAUGGAGAAAUCUCCACUACCUACAAUUGCGUAGACCGUCAUGUGAGCAAUGGCCUUGGAGACCAAGUAGCGAUCAUUUGGGAGUCCCCCGUCACGCAAACGACGGAGAAAUUUACAUACAGCCAACUACUGGAUGAAGUUGAGGUUCUUGCGGGGGUAUUGCGCGAGGAGGGGGUCCGCCAAGGCGACGUGGUGAUCAUCUACAUGCCGAUGAUCCCUGCCGCGCUCAUUGCUGCGCUUGCAAUUACCCGGCUGGGCGCCAUCCACGCAGCUGUGUUUGGCGGAUUCGCCGCUCAAUCGCUAGCACAGCGGAUUGAGGCUGCACGGCCACGAGCCAUCAUGACCGCCUCGUGCGGGAUUGAGGGCUCCAAGGGCCCAGUGUCAUACCGGCCUUUGGUGGAAGGCGCGGUUGCAGCUAGCAAGUUUCAACCAAGCAAGGUUAUUGUCUGGCAGCGUGAUCAACUACGCUGGAAUCGUCCCGAUAAGCUCGGUGGCCAGCGGAACUGGCAGCGACUAGUCAAAAGUGCUCGCAUGCGUGGCAUUCGGGCCGGACCGGUGCCCGUCAAAAGUACAGACGGACUGUAUAUCAUAUAUACCAGUGGUACUACAGGAUUGCCGAAGGGUGUGCUCCGAGAAGCUGGUGGUCAUGCAGUCGGGCUUGAGCUAUCGAUUCGUUCCCUAUUUGGCAUCAGGGGACCCGGUGAUGUAAUGUUCUGCGCAUCAGACAUAGGAUGGGUCGUUGGGCAUUCAUACAUAUUAUAUGCCCCGCUGCUGGUCGGUGCGACUACAGUCCUCUUCGAGGGUAAGCCCGUCGGGACGCCCGAUGCAGGUACAUUCUGGCGUAUUGUUGAGAAACAUGCAGUCAAUGUACUAUUUACAGCACCAACAGCCAUGCGAGCCAUCCGCAAAGAUGAUCCAAACGACGAUCUUAUUAAAGACAUUGGACAGCGUGGAGGCCUCAAAUCACUCAGGGCACUCUUCCUCGCUGGCGAACGUAGUGAGCCCAGUAUUGUGCGCGCAUACCAAGAUCUUUUGACGCAGUUUGCUGCGCCGAAGGCCAUGGUUGUGGAUAACUGGUGGUCUUCAGAAUCUGGAUCCCCAAUUACUGGGCUGGCACUAAACAGCCAAGCUGCUGCUCCCACCGGAUCACCAGCUGUGACUGACCGUCCACUUGCCGUUCGGCCUGGCUCAGCAGGGUUACCCAUGCCAGGAUUUGAUGUACGUAUUGUCGAUGAUGAAGGUAAUGAGGUUCCCCGUGGAACGAUGGGUAAUAUCGUCAUGGCUAUUCCAUUAGCGCCAACGGCAUUCACUAGUCUCUUCGAAGAUGAAGAGAGAUUCUAUAAGGGAUACUUAAAACGAUUUGAUGGUCGAUGGGUAGACACCGGAGAUGCCGGUCUAAUUGAUGAAGAUGGUUAUGUGCACAUCAUGUCUCGAUCAGACGACAUCAUCAACGUCGCUGCCCACCGCUUCAGCACAGGCGCCAUCGAGCAAGCAAUCCUGGCACACCCCUCUAUCAGCGAAGCUAGUGUUGUAGGUAUCCCAGACUCACUCAAGGGACAUCUCCCCUUCGCAUUCGUUCAACCCCGCGCAAGUGCCGAGUACCUAGAUCCUUUACCAGCGAUACCCUCGCCCCAGUUGUUCAAGGAAGUCAACGCACUUGUCCGCGAGCAGAUUGGUGCCAUUGCCUCUUUAGGGGGUAUGAUUCAGGGUCGAGGGAUGAUUCCCAAGACUCGGAGUGGGAAAACACUACGACGAGUCUUGCGUCAGUUGUUAGAACAUGGGGUGGAAGGCCAGUAUGAUGCAUCGGUUAGCGUGCCGCCGACUGUUGAAGAUGCGGAAGUGGUGGAGAUUGCGAGGGCAAAGGUUAGAGAGUACUUUGAGAAGAAGACGAAGGCCAAGCUCUAG